UAUUGAAAAAUAUCUCUUUCCCUAUCUUCUUCUUUCUGCUUUAUAAUAACAACUUUUUCUUUGUUUGCUCAUGUUCUUCUCUCUCUUAAUGUUUGUUUCUCUCUCUCUAGAAGAUCUCUUAUCAGAUCCUUCAAAUCUAUUUUAUUCCAGAUUUGGUUUUAUGUGCUGGGUGAUUGAUAGGUUUUGUUAGGGUUCGGUGCUGUUUUUGAUUGUUUAGUUUGAUUAGGCAUUUGGGAUUAAGCAAUUUUGUUGUGGGUUUGAUUUUGUGAUGUCGUUGUUGCUAAAAGGUGAUUCUAUUCUAAUUCGUGAGGUGUGGAAUGACAAUCUCGAAGAAGAAUUCGCGCAUAUCCGUGAAAUAGUUGAUGAUUUCCCUUAUAUUGCCAUGGACACGGAGUUUCCGGGCAUUGUGUUGCGUCCGGUGGGUAAUUUUAAGAAUAGUAAUGACUAUCAUUACCAGACUUUGAAGGAUAAUGUGGAUAUGUUGAAGUUGAUUCAAUUGGGUCUUACCUUCUCAGAUGAACAAGGGAAUUUACCAACUUGUGGCACGGAUAAGUAUUGCAUUUGGCAGUUUAAUUUCCGUGAGUUCAACGUGAACGAGGAUGUUUUUGCAAAUGAUUCGAUUGAACUUUUGCGGCAGAGCGGGAUUGACUUUAAGAAGAACAAUGAAAACGGUAUUGAUGCUGUCAGAUUUGGUGAGCUCUUGAUGUCGUCUGGGAUUGUGUUGAAUGAUAACGUGUACUGGGUGACAUUUCAUAGUGGUUAUGAUUUUGGGUACUUGCUUAAGCUGUUGACUUGCCAGAAUUUACCGGAUACACAAGCAGGGUUCUUUAAUUUGAUCAACAUGUACUUUCCAACUCUUUAUGAUAUCAAGCAUUUGAUGAAGUUUUGCAAUAGUCUUCAUGGAGGGUUGAACAAGCUUGCAGAGUUGUUAGAAGUUGAAAGAGUUGGGAUAUGCCAUCAAGCAGGUUCAGAUAGUUUGCUUACAGCUUGUACAUUCAGGAAGUUGAAAGAGAAUUUCUUUAGCGGCUCCUUGGAAAAGUAUGCUGGUGUGUUGUAUGGUUUAGGUGUUGAGAAUGGACAAAAUACCCAUUGAUCAUGAAAAAAAGAAGAAAAAAAAGAAAGCUUAGAAAGAUCCUUUCAACUUGAUGUCGGUGCCUGGCACCAGAAUUUCUUGUACACUCUUGUACAACAGGUUUCUUAAUCUAUGAAUAUAAUCUCCAUCUACUUGCUUUA